CUUCACAAGUGUGCGUCAGUACACAUUUGCCUGAAAAUCUAACUUUCACCCACUCACACUAUUAGCACUUUCUUCCUUUUCUUCCCCAAAGAAAAAAACUAAACGACUCUGUUUCUCAUCUUUACAUCUCUCAUUUCAAAAAAAGAAUCACUUCUUCGAAUCUCCACAUCUACACGAUAAAUAACAGAGCGAGGAAGAGAGAAGAGCCGAGAGAGUAGAGAUGACGCGAAAAAUAUUUUCAGAGAGAGGUGUUGCCGGUGACGGCGCUGGUAAUAAUGGAAUGUGCCAACGUGGGCUUAAACACUCUGUUCAAGGCAGCCACUUUACAAGGCAUGGGGUUCCAUGUCUUCAUCGUUUACUCUUAUGGUCUCGCUGCUCUUCUUCUCCUUCCUUCUCUUUUCUUCUCCUACAGAUCAAGAACGCUUCCACCGAUGAAUUUCUCAAUUCUCUACAAAGUCGUGCUUCUUGGGUUAAUUGGAUGCUGCUCAAACAUAAUGGGCUACACAGGCAUUAACUAUAGCUCUCCAACACUUGCUUCUGCAAUCAGCAACCUCACUCCUGCGUUCACCUUCUUGCUGGCCAUCCUUUUCAGGAUGGAGAGUGUAUCUUUCAAGAGAACAAGUAGUGUGGCUAAAAUGUUAGGAACCAUAGUCUCCAUUGGAGGAGCAUUUAUUGUGACUCUUUACAAUGGUCCUGUGGUGAUCAAUAUGUCACCACCGUCCAUUUCUCUGAGAUCGCAAUCUCCAAACCACGAUUGGAUCAUUGGUGCGGGUUUUCUUGCCGUCGAGUAUUUCAUGGUUCCGUUGUGGUACAUUGUUCAGACUCAAAUCAUGAGAGAGUAUCCAUCCGAGUUCACCGUUGUUUGCUAUUAUAGCUUUGGAGUGAGCUUUUGGACCGGGCUGGUCACGUUGUUCACUGAAGGGAGUGACUUGAGUGCAUGGAAGAUAAAACCAAAUAUAGCUUUAGUAUCAAUCGUUUGCUCGGGAUUGUUUGGAUCUUGCAUAAACAAUACAAUCCACACGUGGGCGUUGAGGAUCAAGGGACCUUUAUUCGUUGCAAUGUUCAAGCCUCUGUCCAUUGCCAUUGCCGUCGCAAUGGGCGUGAUAUUCCUCCGGGAUUCUCUUUACAUCGGCAGCUUGAUAGGGGCAACGGUAAUAACCAUCGGGUUUUACACGGUGAUGUGGGGCAAAGCUAAGGAAAUGGCCUUAGUCGAAGAUGACAACAAGGCUAACAACGAGGAUGCUAACGAAGCUGACCUUGAUUCUCCAUCAGGUUCACAGAAGGCUCCUCUCUUGGAAAGUUACAAGAACGAUGAGCAUGUAUAAGUAUCAUCAACCAGUUAAUACAGCUCUCUAUAUUUGUGUUUGUGUAUGAAAAUUUGAUAUGUAAAAGUCUUUUAAUUUAUUUGACGAUACAAAUGUGAUCUUUAAUUUUAGGAAUCAAAUUUCUUCUAAUCACAAUUAUAUAAUCUAGUGUACGCAUAACAAAUCAAUGAAUUUUAGAUGACAAACAAAAUAAUUAUGUACAAUUCAAUAGUGUAUGUUUGGCAGAAGAAUGACUUUUGUUCAAUUUAGCUGGAAAUUGUUAAAAAUGAUUCGGAUUCGCGUAAUCAUUGUCCUUUCAGAUACCUUUUUAAUCUAGUGAAUCGAAUAGUUUGAUAAGCCUAACCACUUAAGUUCAGACCAAUCUUUUUCUGCUUUAGUUAACUAUUUUGUUUCCAUUUACGAACUGUCUGGUGAAUGUUUUUGAUCUCAGCUUGAUAGGGGCAACGGUAAUAACCAUCGGGUUUUACACGGUGAUGUGGGGCAAAGCUAAGGAAAUGGCCUUAGUCGAAGAUGACAACAAGGCUAACAACGAGGAUGCUAACGAAGCUGACCUUGAUUCUCCAUCAGGUUCACAGAAGGCUCCUCUCUUGGAAAGUUACAAGAACGAUGAGCAUGUAUAAGUAUCAUCAACCAGUUAAUACAGCUCUCUAUAUUUGUGUUUGUGUAUGAAAAUUUGAUAUGUAAAAGUCUUUUAAUUUAUUUGACGAUACAAAUGUGAUCUUUAAUUUUAGGAAUCAAAUUUCUUCUAAUCACAAUUAUAUAAUCUAGUGUACGCAUAACAAAUCAAUGAAUUUUAGAUGACAAACAAAAUAAUUAUGUACAAUUCAAUAGUGUAUGUUUGGCAGAAGAAUGACUUUUGUUCAAUUUAGCUGGAAAUUGUUAAAAAUGAUUCGGAUUCGCGUAAUCAUUGUCCUUUCAGAUACCUUUUUAAUCUAGUGAAUCGAAUAGUUUGAUAAGCCUAACCACUUAAGUUCAGACCAAUCUUUUUCUGCUUUAGUUAACUAUUUUGUUUCCAUUUACGAACUGUCUGGUGAAUGUUUUUGAUCUCAGCUUGAUAGGGGCAACGGUAAUAACCAUCGGGUUUUACACGGUGAUGUGGGGCAAAGCUAAGGAAAUGGCCUUAGUCGAAGAUGACAACAAGGCUAACAACGAGGAUGCUAACGAAGCUGACCUUGAUUCUCCAUCAGGUUCACAGAAGGCUCCUCUCUUGGAAAGUUACAAGAACGAUGAGCAUGUAUAAGUAUCAUCAACCAGUUAAUACAGCUCUCUAUAUUUGUGUUUGUGUAUGAAAAUUUGAUAUGUAAAAGUCUUUUAAUUUAUUUGACGAUACAAAUGUGAUCUUUAAUUUUAGGAAUCAAAUUUCUUCUAA